ACCGCCCACUUCCGCUCCCGAGCCGGAAGCCGGAAGUGCGGCGGAGGGAGGGCUCCGGUUGCGCGGCGAGGCUGACGCAACAUUCCCAGAGCAAUAUCGUUGGGAUGUUUCACCUGGGUGAAAGGUAGAAGAGCCACGAGCAAUUAGGACGACAGUGAAAUCCCUGUUGCCCGUUUGGAGUCUGCAGCUUCUCUGGAAGGAUGGACACCCUGAGAAACCGGACGGUGGAGGAGCUCCAGGAGCUGCAGGAAAAUGCAGAGGAGAUCGAGCGCCUGGCCCUGGAGUCCCAGGAGGUUCAGGAGCUGCAGCUGGAAAGGGAGAUGUCCCUGGCCGCCAACCGGAGCUUAGCUGAGCAGAACCUGAAGUUCCAGGCACCGCUGGAGACGGGACGCACCGACCUCUCUAAAAAAUACGAAGAGCUGCAGAAGCUGGCUGAGCGGUGUAAAGACCAAAAGGCGAAACUGGAGAAAUUUUCAGCAGCAAUGCAUCCUCAUACCUUGCUGGAUCUGCUGCAGGUGGAAAGCCAGAAAAUCGAAGAGGAGUCUGAGAAAAUGGCUGAGAAGUUCUUGGAGGGCGAGGUGCCCCUGGAGACGUUUCUCGAGCAGUUUUCCGUGAUGAGAAAGUUGGCUCACUUGCGCCGGGUCAGAGUUGAAAAACUGCAGGAGAUAGUGAGGAAGUUGGAAGCACCGCAGGAACCCGGCAGGGACUCUCAGCAGCAGCCACCUCCUCACGUACCUGGGCCCGGUGACCUGCCGAAGCCGCAGCCCUUCCCUGCAGGGGCUCCUUCCUUCCCUCUGCCCUACAGUCCAGCCCCAAACAUGCCAGCUGGCCCCACGGCCCAUGGAGCUCUUGCUCCUGCUCCUUUCUCUGGCUCCCCAGUGACCGUGGGACACGUUGCUUCCUCUCAGCCGAGCGCCCAGCCCACGUUUCCCUGUAAGCCUCCUCCAGGUCCCGGAUACCCACCGGCGCAGGCUGUUGCCAGCUCCACGCCGGGGUAUCCCAAACACGCCUUGGGAGGCUCGUCUCCAGUGCCGAGCUAUUCCUGGUCUCCGUCCAGAGGCCCGCCUCAGCCCCCACCGUUCCCUGGCUCUCACCCCUCUCCGCCACCACCCAGACCCGGCUACCCUCCCUACCUUCCCCCUGGGGCUGAGAGACCGCAGUGCCCCUACCCGACCCAGCCGCCUCUCCCUAGCUUUCCAAUCCCUCCGCAGCCCCCCUAUCCUCCUGCACUGCCCCCCACCUUUGGGUACCCCCCACCUCCAAACCCUCGGCACCCUGCUUGGCCUGGUUACUAAAUCAGGACUCCUGGGGAGCAUCCUUUGCUGCUCCCUCCUCUUUUUGUGGACUAAGGAAGAAGAGCAAACAGAGCAUUGCUCUUUGACCCAUCAGUGCGAAAGCAUUAUGCCGGAUAAGAGACAGCAGCAGCUCCGGGGGGUCAGACAGGCUGCCGCUGCCCCUCUUUAGGUUCAAUUUGUGAUGAUGGCUGGUGGGCUGAAGUGGCUGCUUCCAAAUCGGCUCGUCCAGGCUCUGCUGUGAAAGCCAGGUAGUCAUCUAGGUGUUUGGCUGGGGUACAUGGAACGAUGUGCACUGAUGGUACCCCUCCUCUUCCGUGUGUGUGUGAGAGUGUGUGGGUGGGCGAGAGACCGCUCUGCCUGUGCCUGUCGUUUGCCUUGUGUAGUAUCAUAAUUCUAAGCCUUUUCACAGGUGUUCAAAAGACACGGUGGGAAUCUCUGACAGUAUUUCCGACACAAAAUACUCACUGCUUUCCAAGGGCCUUCCUGGAAGUGAGAGGUAGAGCCAGCCUGGCUUGUAGGCGGUUUGUAACAAAUAGUAGCAGGGAGAAGCAGCUAGCUUGCCCCUCUGGUGUGCCAGGCCUUGAGAUUUGUCUGUGUUUUUAUGCUGGUGCUAGGGACAGCUUCCACACCAGUGCUGCUUGAGCCCUUCCUAGCCGGCUGCGAGGUCAGGCUUCCCCCAGCGCUGCCUCUGCCUGCGCAGUGAGUACCAGCGUGCUCCAAAACAGGCUGCACCCAGCUCUGGGGGGUUUGGGUGCUCCCACCCCACUGGGGAACAAAAACCUCUUUACCGCUGCUGCUUUUAUCCGGCACAGGAGCCGUUCCCAGCCUGUGCCAGCUGUGUGCUGGCUCACCGAGGGCCAGGUGGCUCUGGUAGCUCCCCCAUGCUCAGUGUGCGGAUAUUAUCUGUACUUUCGAAGUAAACAGGGCCGGCACAGUGUCCGGGGCUGUUGCUGCUCUGGAGUUACGUGUCUUAGGUGACAAGGAGGAGCAGGAGUCAGUGCAUCCUGCCCAGCUCUGAAACACAGGCGCAGCAGCCUCCUGUAGCCUCGACCUCUCCGGGGACACGGGGCAUGUGUUCAGGGGGGCUACUGGCUCCAGCCUGCCUCAUAUCCCCCUUCUCAGGAAACACUAGGUAUGGGAGGGAACGACAAGUUAAUAUUAAUGGAAAUGGGAUUUGCUUUGCUCAGCACUUUAUCCUACGAAUCCUGCCUGUAUCCCUGUAAGUUAUUUAUAAGGAAAGAUUACUAAUGGACUAGAACAAGGCAAGUGCUUGUGGGGUUUGAUGGAAACAAUUCCAUAGCUGUGGUUAAUUACAGUAAUAAAACUUGAUUAAUUGCA